UCUAGGCUAGGUUUAUUUCCUUGCUGGUCGGCAUCCUUGAUCACUAGAGUGAUCGUCAUGAAAAUGUUUUCUUACGCGUUUUUCAUCACUCUUUUCUUAACGGUUAAAGCAGAGGAACAACACUGCUCUAAAUAUGACUUUGAGGAGAGGAUUUUGGAAAAACUAGUUAGAAUGGAAUACCAAAUGGAAAAACUGAAAUUGGAAGGAAUUGAAAGGGAGGAAAGUACGACAAAAAUGAAAGAUGAGGUUCGAACAGCGAUAGACGUAUUGAACAAAACUACGGAUAAAUUUGAGAUGAGUCUAAAAGUAAAAGCAAACACUUUUGAGCAAAGCAUUGUUGUCAGAGUUGGUGAAUUGCGGAAAACAGUGGAUGUUAUUGCAGACAAAGCCAAAAUACCAACAGUUGCAUUUAAAGCACGGCUUAAUUCCCACUUAUCGGAUGCUUCAACCGGGAGCUAUAUAAUAUUCCCAAUCACGAUGUUCAACGAGGGAAGCGCAUUCGAUUCUAGCACUGGUAAAUUUACCGUUCCUGUAAAUGGAACGUACUUAUUUACUGUCAUCUUUUGCGUACAGAGCAAGCAAAGCCUUCACAUUGAUAUCACAGUGGACGGUCAAACAACCCAGCCGGUAACUCUCCGUAGUGAAGGCAACGCUGCAUGUCAGUCAGCUGCAUUGUUAGAAGUCUUGAUUGUUGGCCAGACCGUCGGGGUUAAAGUGACAAGCCGUUUCUCAACAAAUACAGUUUAUCAUGGUUCAUAUAGAUGGAACUCGUUCUCUGGAACUUUGAUACGUGGUAAUUGAAAUCAUCAAAUGUACUCCUGCAUUUUAAAUAAGUCCAGGUAUAAAUAAACCUUCAGGUUUUAUAUAAAUAAACCUUCAGGUUUUAUUUUGCUACAGUGGUUAUAUUAAUAUGAAUAAUUUGUUUAGUCAAUACAAAAUAUCAAACUUUGAUUGCAAGUGUCAAUAUAAUAAUGUGUGCGUGUGUUCUACAUAUGAUACAUAUUCUUUUCAGAUAUUCGUUUGUGUAUAUAAAAUACAUAACUAUUCUUCUGCAUAUAUAAACACAUGUAAACCUGUCUGAACACUAAAAGAUAAAAUCAACACAGCAGUGACAACUACUUCAAACUGGAUAUGGAAUUUACCGUUGUUACACAUAUUUUUUGUUAACAAUAGUUUUAGAGGUUUUAUACUUUCAUUUUACAAAUCUUUGUAUCUGUUCUAUUUGUUGUUCGUGUUUUAAAACAUC